CCAACCCUUAAGCAAGCACCACUACCCACGUACUUGUCUCUAGUUACGCCAUUACGCUAUUCUCUCCACCAUCACAAUCAAUGGUUAUGAAAGCAAAGAAUGCCAAUCUCAAGAUCAAAAACAAUAAUGCAACCGAGAUUCAUUUCAGAGGCGUGAGAAAACGACCGUGGGGCCGUUACGCCGCCGAGAUCAGAGAUCCCGGCAAGAAAAGCCGCGUCUGGCUCGGUACCUUCGACACCGCAGAGGAAGCCGCUAGAGCCUACGACGCCGCCGCUCGUCAGUUCCGUGGUUCGAAAGCGAAAACCAACUUCCCGCCUCCUUCCGAUAACAAAGAAAACAACGUUAACAUCAACAACAAUCAGAGUCCCAGCCAGAGCAGCACCGUUGAGUCAUCUACGCCUGAGCGUGCUCUCACGCGCUCUCGUGAAGUUCCGGUUGCUGGCGUCAUGGAUCGUUUUCCGUUUCUCUCGAUCCAGCAGCAAAUCAGGCCGUUUCCCGGCGCUGCCGCUGGUGCUGUUAAUGGAAUGGUAACAACUGCUGUGAACCCGGUUUUCUUUUAUGAUCCGUCUGGUCGCCCUGAGUUUAUGAACCAGCGGUUUUCAACUAGGUUUGAACCGGGUCCGGUUGAGUUUAACAUCGGGUUUGGCGGUAGUGGUGGGGUUCAGAGUGAUUCGGAUUCGUCUUCUGUUGUUGAUUAUCAGCCAAAGAGAGCUCUCAAUCUUGAUCUGAACUUGGCUCCACCAAUGGAUGUUUAAUUUUUUUUUAACUCUUUUUUUAAUUAAUUUUAAAAUAUAUCUCACCGUAUUUUUAGAUGAAAAAUUAGAAACCAAAAAGCAGAAAGGACAAAGUUUACUGUUUUUUUUUUAUGGAAGAUUAAUCUCCAAUUAUUUUGAGGAAGAUAAGAUGUUUAUUACAUCCUUUGAUGUGAAUAUGUUAGCUUUGUAUUUUCA